AAGAAUUUAAGAUAAAGAGUCGAUGGUGGAAAGUGACAUUGCGCUUAACAGUCAACAAUUAUUCAAUCGCAGUCAGGCGGUAAGAAAGGUUUCUGCAAAACAAAGCAAAUAAUGUUGAGGCAAAAGUGGCAUAAUGGCAGUAUGUUUAGUUUACUUUGUUUAAUUGCCUUUUUGCAACAGGCAGUGUUUGGAUAUCCCAGGACAUCUUCAAAAGAUAUAGUAAGAAAUGUUAAUGACAUUCUUGAUCCUGUAAUCGAUUCAUCUGAUCCAUCAUGGCUGAAAAUAAUGAAUUAUACUCGAUUUGUCAUUGAUAUGGAUAAUGCAUUAGGAACGAAAAAUGCCGAAGAAUGGAUCCAAUAUGUCAGUCAAAUGAUUGAAUCAGAUGUUAAAAAGAAUAUUGCGACAUACGAAAUUGAUCCGAAAACUUGCUCUAUUUGUAAGUUUGCCAUCAACAUGAUUCGAAAUAUGAUCAAAAGCGGUAAAAGUAUAGAACAAAUUAUCGACUACAUGGAAAAAGCAUGCGUGGUAUUGGAAAAUCAAACGCAAAGAUAUUGUCAUGGAAUGAUGAGGCUCACUGGGCUGGACAUUAUCGAAGUAUUCACAGAAUCACCAAUGACAUCAACACAAAUUUGUGGUUUUCUUUAUCAAGGAGCCUGUAAAAAUAGCUAUGACGAAAGACAUGAUUGGCGGCUAACUUAUCCAUCCAAAAACAAGCCGGCCCAGCAUCCGACUGUACCACCACCCAAAAAUGCACCGAAAUUAAAAGUUUUGCAAAUCACGGAUACUCACUUCGAUCCUUACUACCAGCAAGGAGCAAAUGCCGACUGUUUUCCCGAACCGUUGUGUUGUCGAGCAACAAAUGGUCAACCGUCCUCCCCGGCAACGACAGCAGGCAAAUGGGGCGAUUAUCGUAAAUGUGACAGUCCGAAAAUUCUUCUUGAGAAUGCUUUUCAGCAUAUCGUUGAUACACACAAGGAUAUUGACUACAUAAUAUGGACAGGUGAUCUAGUUCCUCACGACACAUGGAAUCAAACCAAAGAGAGUAAUUUACAAAUUAUUCGUGAAUCUAAUGAAAUGGCGAAUAAGUAUUUCAAAGGAAUUCCAAUUUAUCCAACCGUGGGAAAUCAUGAAAGUUGCCCUGUGGAUACUUUUGCGCCGUCAGGAGCUCCAGCUAGACGAAAUAUGUCCUGGUUAUAUGAUCAAUUAGAUAAAGACUGGGGACGUUGGUUACCAUCAGAUACUUCAGAGACGAUUAAACGCGGAGCUUUUUAUUCUGUUCUUGUGAAGCCAGGCUUUCGAAUCAUUGCUAUAAAUAGCAAUUAUUGUUCUAAAAAUAACUAUUGGUUGAUUAAAAAUAGUACCGAUCCAGCUGGUCAAUUAGCGUGGUUGAUUCGUGAACUUGAUGCCGCUGAGACAAAUCACGAAAAAGUUCAUAUUAUUGGUCACAUGCCACCUGGUCAACCAGAUUGCAUUAAAGUUUGGUCUAAGAAUUAUUAUGACAUCAUCAACAGAUACGAGGCAACCAUAAUGGCUCAAUUUUUCGGACAUACUCAUUUCGACGAAUUUGAAAUAUUUUAUGACUCUAAAAAUCUCUCAAGAUCACUGAAUGUUGCAUAUAUUUCGCCAUCUCUAACACCUUGGGUAAACGUAAAUCCUGCAUAUAGAAUUUAUUACGUAGAUGGUGACCAUCCAAAUACAAAUAGAGCAAUCGUAGAUCAUGAGACUUGGAAAAUGGACCUUGUCCACGCAAACCAUAACGAUGAACCGGUAUGGUAUAAAGCUUAUACUGCUACAACAGCUUACAAUAUGACUUCGCUGAUGCCGACUGAAUGGGACAAUCUAAUUACUAGAAUGUCCAAAGACGACAAUCUUUUUGAUAGUUAUCAUAGAAAUUACUACAGAGAUACACCUGUCAGACCUAAAUGCGAUAGCGAAUGUCAAAAAAGAUUAUUAUGCGAUUUAAAAACCGGUAGAAGUGCUGAUUCGAAGACUUUUUGUCAGAAUUUAUAAAUUUCAAUAUUCACA